UAAGACUGAAAGUUCUCUAGUCAACAUUAGCGCCAUCUAUAUUUAAGUUCCAGUACUUAAAACUACGCCAUCUACCGCGAAGAAGAAUAAUUACUAACCUAAACUGAACUAUAUUUGUCGCUGAGUUUAGAAGUGAAUUCACAGUACAAUCUAAUUAUACCACACAACCAGGAAAAUACAUUGAAGAACUAACUGAAAUUACGACUAUGAAAAGUUAACGCCAUCUAAUGAAAGCUUAGUAUUAGCUUGAGGUUUAGUAUAAUCGUGAAUACGGUUAAACGACGUUUAGUUUCGCCCGCCCGAUGAUAUAAGAGUUUAACUGUACUGGUACUAAAAAUACAGUUCUCCAUGUGGUGGCAAAAUCAUCUUCAGAAGAGACCCGAACCAUCCGCCAACACCAAGAGAUACACAGUUGCCCAGCAAACAUCAUCUACCAGAACAUUCGGGCAACUGGUCAUAUAGGAUUCACGCAACUCAUAAAUAAGCAUCAUCUCUUGGCAUACUAAGAAUACUCCAUUUAAUGUCUGCGCCAUCUGACGUUAAAACUGAGAACUAGGAAUUAACAGCACUACAAUUCAAAUAGUUGCGUAUAAAUCUACGGCAACCGUUAAGAAAAUUCAACGAUAUCUAUCACCAUCUAUCGUGAAUGUACAUGGGAAGUCUGAGGAUUAGACUUAUUCAUAGAAAGGCAGCGACAUCUUUUAGUAAUCCCAUCGAACUACUCAAGAAGUGUCUCCAUCUAUCAAGAACUUCACAGUGAAGACAUCACUUACUCCGGACAACUCAAAAAACAACACCAAUUGCAGAAGAGGUUUGAAAGAUCAACGGAAAAUUAAAGUGGUUCAUAAGUUCAGAAACAAACAUUAAAAUCAUAGUGACGCCAUCUAUUAAUAAUACGGAGAACUACAAAUCAAAGUGACCGCGCUAUAGCAUAACUUUUGGCACUUCUACUGAAGAUCGAAAGUUCUGUGAAAGGGCAAUUGCCCAUUAAUAGUUACUGUUAGCUGAAAAGCGAAGUGAACCAGUGGAAAUAACAGCGGUAAUCACGGAGUUCUUCAAUAUGGUGGAGGAUACGGCGGCGGCGUCCGAGCGCGUCUCGGCGGCUGCCGUGCUCCAAUUCGCGGCGCGGGAGGCGCGCGAGGGGCGCCGGCUCGCGGAGUUCGGGGCUCAUGCAUUCGCCAGCGUCGCUUACAAUACCUAUACGGCUGUCGGCGACAUGGGCGGGAGCGGGACCAGUUCGUCCUCCUCGCACCUCUCACCAGGCUGGCAGGUCAACGACCUCGACUUAGAUUUACCCGGAGAAUUGUCUAUGAAUGAGGCGCUCCUGUCGCUGCCGUCGCUGGCGGUGUUCAAGCAAGAAGCGCCUUCCCCGACCGGCGCCGUGCUGUCGCCGCCGCGCCGCGCCUGGCCGCGCCGCCUGCCGGACAGACAGAUUAGCGACAUGGUGGUGGACGGGGCCGAGGAGGAGCACUCCCCGCCGCACGCCGCGCUUAUGCCCACACACGCCAACAGCCCUGAGAGCAUGCAAUGCCAGCCCACCCUCCAGGGCAGUAUGAUGCCAAUGAACGGAUACCACUCACCACCCGCACUAGACAAUAAAAACGGCGGUCUACUGAUGUGCUCGCCGGUCAGCUCGCUGGACGGGUUCCUGCACUCACCAGCACAGCCCCGUCCCGAACCCAGCUUCAAGGAUGACACCAGCGCGAUGGGUACAGAGUAUUGCUGCGGGCGCGGCAGCCAAUGGGACGGGUGCUAUGACGGGCCCCACACGUACAUAACCAAGUUCCAAUACGUGCUCGCGGCGGCGACAUCUAUCGCCACCAAACAGAACGAGGAGACACUGACGUACCUCAACCAGGGGCAGCCUUAUGAGAUCAAACUGAAGAAGUUGGGAGACCUGUCUCACUACAAGGGGAAGAUAUUGAAGAGCGUGAUCAAGAUCUGCUUCCACGAGCGACGCCUCCAAUACAUGGAACGCGAACAGAUCGCGCAGUGGCACGCGGAGCGCCCCGGCGAGCGCAUCGUCGAGCUGGACGUCCCUCUGUCGUACGGCGUGACCCGCGUGCAGCAGCCAGCUUGCCUUAACUCCCUGCACGUGUACUGGGACCCCACCAAAGAUGUUGGAGUCUACAUCAAGGUGAACUGCAUAUCUACGGAGUUCACAGCGAAGAAGCAUGGCGGCGAGAAGGGCGUGCCGUUCCGCAUCCAGGUGGAGACCUACCUCGCCAGCGACGAGAACACGCGUCUACACGCCGCCGCGUGUCAGAUCAAGGUGUUCAAACUGAAGGGGGCCGACCGUAAGCACAAGCAGGACCGCGAGAAGGUGAUGCGGCGCCCGCGGACCGACCUUGAGAAAUACCAGCCGGGCUGCGAGGCCACCGUGCUCACCACGCUGUCAAACGACGCGCUGAUGCCGCCCCCGUCUCUGGUCACCUCUUCACCCCCGUAUUCGCCUGAGCUAUGUGUGGUCCCAAAGGCUACAAGCCCCAUAGGAAACAAACCUAUGCCACAGCCAGCCAUACUUGCUUCCUCGAACCAGAUGAAGCCAUUAUACUGCCAAGAUGAGUCUGAGAUGAAAGUGACCACGUCGCCGUGCCACUCGCCCGGCGCCAUCUUGCCCGAUCUGCCACAACCCGCUGAAGAUCCCGACAAGAACUUGGGUCUGCCUGCGGAGGCGGGCGCGGGCGACACGGCGGCGUGGCUGGCGCGGCACCGCUUCGCGCAGCACGCUACCACCUUCGCCAACUUCUCCGGCGCCGACCUGCUCAGACUGUCCCGUGACGACAUCAUUCAGAUCUGCGGCCUGGCCGACGGCAUACGGCUAUUCAACGCUCUGCACGCCAAACGCAUCGAGCCUCGGCUGACGGUGUACGUGAGCGCGGGCGGCGGCGUGUACUCCGCGCUGUACCUGCACUCGUGCCGCGCCGCCGAGCUGCUGCACAAGCUGCAGGCGCUGCACCGGGCACAUGCACAGGGACACAAGGAAGUGGACACAGUGUUGGUGUCCGGCCCUAACGGCGCGCUGGUGCGGCUCACGGACGAGCUGGUGCGGCACCUGCCGGACAAGUCCACCUACCGCCUGCAGCGCCGCGACGACGCGCUGCUGCUCUCCAGCGAGCAGUGAGCGCACCACGUAGCCUAGGGACGAGCUGGUGCCACCUGCCGGACAAGUCCACCUACCGCCUGCAGCGCCGCGACGACGCGCUGCUGCUCUCCAGCGAGCAGUGAGCGCACCACGUAGCCUAGGGACGAGCUGGUGCCACCUGCCGGACAAGUCCACCUACCGCCUGCAGCGCCGCGACGACGCGCUGCUGCUCUCCAGCGAGCAGUGAGCGCACCACGUAGCCUAGGGACGAGCUGGUGCCACCUGCCGGACAAGUCCACCUACCGCCUGCAGCGCCGCGACGACGCGCUGCUGCUCUCCAGCGAGCAGUGAGCGCACCACGUAGCCUAGGGACGAGCUGGUGCCACCUGCCGGACAAGUCCACCUACCGCCUGCAGCGCCGCGACGACGCGCUGCUGCUCUCCAGCGAGCAGUGAGCGCACCACGUAGCCUAGGGACGAGCUGGUGCCACCUGCCGGACAAGUCCACCUACCGCCUGCAGCGCCGCGACGACGCGCUGCUGCUCUCCAGCGAGCAGUGAGCGCACCACGUAGCCUAGGGACGAGCUGGUGCGGCACCUGCCGGACAAGUCCACCUACCGCCUGCAGCGCCGCGACGACGCGCUGCUGCUCUCCAGCGAGCAGUGAGCGCACCACGUAGCCUAGGGACGAGCUGGUGCCACCUGCCGGACAAGUCCACCUACCGCCUGCAGCGCCGCGACGACGCGCUGCUGCUCUCCAGCGAGCAGUGAGCGCACCACGUAGCCUAGGGACGAGCUGGUGCCACCUGCCGGACAAGUCCACCUACCGCCUGCAGCGCCGCGACGACGCGCUGCUGCUCUCCAGCGAGCAGUGAGCGCACCACGUAGCCUAGGGACGAGCUGGUGCCACCUGCCGGACAAGUCCACCUACCGCCUGCAGCGCCGCGACGACGCGCUGCUGCUCUCCAGCGAGCAGUGAGCGCACCACGUAGCCUAGGGACGAGCUGGUGCCACCUGCCGGACAAGUCCACCUACCGCCUGCAGCGCCGCGACGACGCGCUGCUGCUCUCCAGCGAGCAGUGAGCGCACCACGUAGCCUAGGGACGAGCUGGUGCCACCUGCCGGACAAGUCCACCUACCGCCUGCAGCGCCGCGACGACGCGCUGCUGCUCUCCAGCGAGCAGUGAGCGCACCACGUAGCCUAGGGACGAGCUGGUGCCACCUGCCGGACAAGUCCACCUACCGCCUGUGAGCGCACCACGUAGCCUACGGCUGCUCUGCGUAUCGUCGGAUCUAUCCAGGGCUCGAGCUGAUGACGUUUCAUACAUCCGAAAGGCAUCUAUAAGCUGCGGUAGCCGCGUCCGGAUGGGCCGUAUGCUUAUUUGUUUACUUCUGAAGUAAUGUAAUAAAACUUGUAAC